AACAAGAAUCUGAACUAGGACGUGAAUUAAUUCCCGAAUCUGAACAAGAACCUGAACAAGAUCCUGAACCUGAACUAGAACCUGAAGUAGAAACUAAACUAAAACCUGAACUAGAACCUGAACAAGAAUCUGAACUAGAACCUGAAUUAAUUCCCGAAUCUGAACAAGAACCUGAACUAGAUCCUGAAUCUGAACUAGAACCUGAACUAGAACCUGAACUAGAACCUGAACUAGAAACUGAACUAGAACCUGAACUGGAACUUGACUUGGAACCCGAACUAGAACUUGAACUAGAACCUGAAUUAGUUCCAGAAUCUAACCAAGAACCUGAACUUGAACUAGAAUCUAAACAAGAAUCUGAACUAGAACAAGAAUCUGAGCUAGAACCUGAACAAAUUCCCGAAUCUGAACAAGAACCUGAACUAGAUCCUGAAGUAGAACCUUACCUAGAACUAGAACGAGAAUCUGAACUAGAACCUGAAUUAAUUCCCGAAUCUGAUCAAGAACCUGAACUAGAUCCUGAAACUGAAAUAGAACCUGAACUAGAACCUAAACUAAAACCUGAACUAGAACCUGAACAAGAAUCUGAACUAGAUCCUGAAGUAGAACCUUACCUAGAACUAGAACGAGAAUCUGAACUAGAACCUGAAUUAAUUCCCGAAUCUGAUCAAGAACCUGAACUAGAUCCUGAAACUGAAAUAGAACCUGAA